AUGUCGAGGAAGGCCGUACUAACUACGGAUGCACCCCCGCCCUUGCCACAGUUCUCGCAGGCUAUCAAGUGUAAUGGCAUGAUAUACUGUUCGGGAAACAUCGGUGUCGACCCGGCGACGAAUAAACUUGUCGACGGAGGAAUCAAGGCUGAAACGCGCAUGGCACUCGGCAACCUCUCUGCAGUGCUCCGAGCUGGUGGUGCUAGCUUGGCGGACGUUGUCAAGGUCAACGUCUUUCUCACAACAAUGGACGAUUUCCAACAUUUGAAUGAAGCCUACGACGAGGCGUUUUGCAACACCGUGCCUAAGCCGUGCCGAACUGCGAUUGCCGUUUACCAGCUUCCUCUGGGGGCCAAGGUCGAGAUAGAGUGUUCGGCCAUCCUUCCGCCCCAGGCAAAGAUAUGA